UCAAACACAAAGAACAACAGUGAGUUGACCUUUAAAGCACACAAGAUGAAGAUCAAUUGAAUAAUCAUAAAUCGUAAGAACUUGAAAAUAUCACAAAAAUAUAUAAUGUGGAUCCGCGCAGGCGCACUGGUGUAAGAAACACAUAUCGAUGGGUAGCAUAGCUCGACAGAACACCGGCUGUUGGGCGCUAAGGUUGAAAGUUGAGCUGAAGUUCUGAACUAACGGCGGAAUGAGGAGGAAACCGGUUUAUUACUGAGAAUUUAAACACUUUUCUACACAGAUCCUGAUCUGUAAACACUCUCUACAGCAUUCACACCUGUUUACCGCGCAGAUAAACACACAUAACCCUGUACAGAUUACUGUACAGACUUAUUUACAGCGCUAAGCUAACCGGCUAAUCGGCUAACAGGAGCUUCGCCGAUGUAAGCUAACUUAAAUAAACAAGCAGCGGAGAAACUGACUGAGCGGCACCAUGACCCGCUGCACUAAACUUGAACCACACACCCACCUUUUAUAAUAACAACCAGCUCCACCAGGCUUAAUGUUUAAACCAGGCUCAAUGUGGUGAGCUGGGGUUAUCUGCUUAAGCUGCGCAGCUCCAGUCCAGGAUUAAAGCGAGGUGACAUCUGAGUCAGUUUUUCUGACUGAUGGUAGGAAUGUCCAACACUCUGACUCCUGAACAGAAGAGGAAAAUCGAGGAGAACCGUCUGAAAGCGCUCGCAAGAAGAGCUGAGAGACUCGCACAAGGGAAUCCACAGCCUCUUCAAAACGACCUCUUCUCCUCCAAGCAGCAGCAGCAUGCUUCCUCUCCAACACCUCAGCCCCGUCCAACAGCAGGACCAUCCAAAAAAUACACACCACCUUUACCCUCACACCGAAACAACCCUCAGCCCUCAACAAGCAGAACAGCCACUGCCAGACAGAUCCAGGUCAUAGAUGCUCUUCCCAUCCCUAACAGACACUUUCCAACAAAUGAACCCCAGACUUCAGGUCCUUCAGCUAGUUCCAAACCUCCUGAGGUCAAACCUGAUGCAUCGAAGGGUACCUUCAAGGCCAAUAGUUUCUAUGGACAGAACCAGGGGCUGACUGCCCAACCAUCUGACAAGAAGACACCUAAACCACCAGACACUUCCUCUGCUGGACCUGCUAAGAAACCCACAGUGUCUGUGAGGGGGAAAUGUGUGCCACAUACGGAGGAGCGGUUUAGAGUAGAGGUCGGCUACCAUGCAGAGCUCAUUGCAGUGUUCAAAAACAUACCGUCCAGAAACUAUGAUCCUGUCACCAAGAUGUGGAACUUCAGCCUUGAGCACUAUAAGCUCUUGAUGGAGGAAGCGGCAGCCAUUCCCUUUGUAACUCUAAAAGCCCUGGAAGGAAUGGAGGGACUGGAAAUUUCUGCCUCUAGCAGUCGACCGAAAGACGCUGCUGCCCUGGCUGCCCUGAUGAAGCUGUGCCAAGGCUGGCAGAAGCCUGGGGCCAUGGUGAAGGGCAAGUGCACUCUCAUCUCCCGCUCUCGUCUGGAAGUGGACAUCGGAUACCAUGCAGAUGUCAUAGGUAUCUUUAAACAGAUGCCUUCAAAGAACUAUGAUAUGAAAACAAGAAAAUGGAGUUUUCUUCUUGAGGAUUAUGGACGACUAUUGGAGGCUCUAAAUGACAUUUCUGCUGUGGAGAUUGAGCCGCUUCCACGCGCUGUGCUGCAGGCCUUCUCCUCCCAGUUUGAGCAGAGCCAUUCUAAAGCUGCAGAGGUCCCUGAGGCUGAUCUCUCGGCUGUUGACUCCACACUGACACGCAGCCUCAUGCCCUUCCAGCAGUAUGGUGUUAAUUUUGCAGUGUCCAGAGAAGGCCGUCUGCUCCUGGCUGAUGAUAUGGGUCUAGGGAAGACUGUGCAGGCUAUCUGUAUUGCUGCCUACUACAGAAAAGAGUGGCCACUACUAAUAGUCACACCAUCUUCUGUACGCUUCACAUGGGCAGAGGCGUUUCGGCGCUGGCUGCCCUCAGUAGCAGCAGAUCGUAUAAACGUGGUGGUGAAGGGGAAAGACAGUCUUCGCUCUGGCCUAGUCAACAUCGUUAGCUACGACCUGCUCGGCAAAGUGGACAAGCAGCAUUUAGCCAAUCCCUUCGGUGUACUCAUAAUGGACGAGUCCCAUUUUCUGAAGAACAUCAAAACUGCUCGCUGUAAGGCAGCUCUUCCUCUGCUGAAGGCAGCUAAGAGGGUGGUCCUGCUGUCAGGAACUCCUGCCAUGUCCCGUCCAGCUGAGCUCUACACUCAGAUCCUGGCAGUAAGACCCACACUUUUCCCCCGUUUCCAUGAUUUCGGGGCGAGAUACUGUGACGCUAAGCAGCUUCCCUGGGGCUGGGACUACUCUGGCUCCUCUAACCUGACUGAGUUGAAGCUCCUGCUUGAGGAGUCUCUAAUGUUGAGGCGGCUGAAGUCCGAAGUGCUCUCGCAGCUUCCUGCAAAGCAGCGCAAGGUGGUCACAGUGACUACAGACGGGAUCAACGCCCGUACCAAGGCUGCUCUCUCUGCUGCAGCCAAAGAGCUGGCCAACGGUCGACACAAUAAGAUGCAGGAAAAAGAGGCUCUACUCGUCUUCUUCAAUCAUACAGCAGAGGCCAAAAUCAGAGCCAUUAUGGAGUACAUAUCUGAUAUGCUGGAGUGUGGACGAGAGAAGUUUCUGGUCUUCGCGCAUCACAAGAAGGUUCUGGACAGCAUAAGCAAAGAGCUCACUGAUAAGGGGGUCAAUUAUAUCCGCAUUGAUGGAUCCACACCCUCAGCUGAGAGGCAGCAGUUGUGCGAGCGGUUCCAGUUCACCCAUCAGAGCUGCGUGGCUUUGCUGUCAAUCACAGCUGCAAACAUGGGUCUGACUCUGCAUGCUGCAGACCUUGUGGUGUUCGCAGAGCUCUUCUGGAACCCAGGGAUAUUAAUCCAAGCAGAGGACAGAGUGCACCGCAUUGGUCAAACCAGCUGUGUGGAUAUUCACUACCUGGUAGCGAAAGGAACAGCAGACGACUACCUCUGGCCCAUGAUCCAAGAGAAGAUGAAUGUUUUAGAACAGGUCGGCCUGUCGGAAUCCAAUAUUUCAGACAAGGCAGAGUGCUCCAGUUUCCACAGCAAGGACCCCAAGCAGCAGACCAUCACAGAGAUGUUCCAGAGGUCCUUCUCAGAGGAGGAUAUGGAUGAAUCUGUGCUGCUGGAGGCUGUGAAUGACUGGGAGGACUCUGAGCACACGAAUUCUCGACCCCAGGAAAAUCAUUUCUCAGCAAGUCCCAGCAAGAAAAGACGCAUUGAAGACUACUUCAGCAAAUAAAAUAAAAAAAUGAUGAAGAAAAAAACGAUUAAAUUGUAAUAACUGCCUACGCAGGCACUCAGA